AGAGCAAAGAAAACCUUUGCAGUGAACUUGGCCUCCAAGCACUAGCCACUGGUGGGUGCUGUGGCCAUCCAUGGACACCUCAUGAUACAAAAAGAAGAACUUUGCCCCUCUCUUGUUAUUCCGAGAGGCUGUGAAACCCAGAGUCCAAUCUCCAUCAUCACACAGGAAGCCAAGUACUUCCUACUCGGCCAGGAACUUGAAACUUGAAUUCAUAAACAGUCUUUGAGAACCCGAAACGAAGACUUCAUGGACAAAAUCCCUUGGAACCAGAGAGAAGCCAGUAUGGAAACAUCGACUACCUCAGAGAACUAUGAUAUGACCACAGAAUAUGACUAUGGGGAUGAUACAACCCCGUGCCAGAAGAUGGAGGUGAGAGCCUUUGGGGCCCACCUGCUGCCCCCUUUGUACUCCCUGGUGUUUAUCAUUGGCCUCGUUGGCAACAUCCUGGUGGUCCUGAUCCUCAUGCAAUACAAGAGGCUUAAAAGUAUGACCAGCAUCUACCUCCUCAACCUGGCCAUUUCUGACCUGCUCUUCCUUUUCACACUGCCCUUCUGGAUUGACUACAAGCUGAAGGACAACUGGAUUUUUGGUGAUGCCAUGUGUAAGCUCCUCUCUGGGCUUUAUUAUAUAGGUUUGUACAGUGAGAUCUUCUUCAUCAUCCUGCUGACGAUCGACAGGUACCUGGCCAUCGUCCAUGCGGUGUUCUCCCUGCGGGCCCGGACUGUCACCUUUGGUAUCCUCACCAGCGUGGUCACCUGGGCCCUGGCCAUCUUGGCUUCUACCCCGGGCUUGUACUUUUCCAAGGCCCAGUGGGAGUUCACUCAUCACACCUGCAGUCUUCAUUUCCCUCAUGAAAACCUAAGGAAGUGGAAACAGUUCCAAGCUCUGAAACUGAAUAUCUUGGGGCUGGUUUUUCCUCUGUUGGUCAUGAUUGUUUGUUACACGGGAAUUGUAAGGAUUCUGCUCAAACGUCCAAAUGAAAAGAAGCUCAAAGCCGUCCGUCUGAUUUUUGUCAUCAUGGUCAUCUUCUUUCUUUUUUGGACCCCCUAUAAUCUGACUAUAUUUGUUUCUGCUUUCCAAGACUACCUUUUCACCAAUCAGUGUGAGCAGAGCAAACAGCUGGACCUGGCCAUACAAGUGACGGAGGUGAUCGCCUACACACACUGCUGCGUCAACCCCGUGAUCUACGCCUUCGUUGGCGAGAGGUUCCGCAAGUACCUCCACCAGUUGUGCCACAGGCUCGUCGCUGUGCACCUGGCUAAACUGUUUCCCUUCCUCGCCACAGAGAGGUUGGAGAGGGUCAGCUCCAUGUCUCCCUCCACAGGGGAGCAAGAACUCUCCGCUGGCUUCUGACUCAGCCCCCUGGAGGACAAUUCAGGACCUGGAAGAGUGACCUGACAGCCACACCGGCCACGCGGGAGAGGAGGCAACUUCGCUCUCCCAGCCAGUGUCUGACUCCUGAAAUGGAAUCACAGCCCUUUGGGGGAGAGAGGGAGCUGCAAAGUGGUCUAGGCUAAAUCACCUCUGAUCUUUUCUAUGAACUUCUCCCUGGUGGAAAGGAGAUGAAUGGGCAAAAUGGAACAUGCCAGAAGCCUGGGACAAAGGGUAUGAGUGAAGGGCUUGGGCCCAAACAGGAUUUCAGAUUUGUGAAAGCCACUGCAGCAUCCCCCACCCAGGCAACGCCCAGUGGACUUGGAUGGCGUGAUCUCCAGAGGGGCCUCCAGUCCGAGCCCCAGAGCCGAUCAGUAGCCAGCAUCGCCCCCCUCUCAACAUCCCCCAUCCUCCCGAUCCCCACACCCCUGCCGGGUUUAGGCUCUCGGAAACCCUGGGGAAUAUAGAUGAUGGAAGAACUUGAGACCCAGUGGGAAUUAGGAUUGGGCAACUUCUGUUGGGAGUGGAACUAAGAAAACUCUUAGAGAGAAUUGUCAUGUUCUCUAAAAUCAAACCAUUCACGCAGUAGGCUAAGCACUGACCAUACAUAUAACGUGUGCUUCUCAGAGCAGCCAUGGAGGGGAGGCAUUCGUCAUUUCUGUUCACCGUUCCCUUCUUUCUGAGUAUUUUUCGGGAGCUCCCUUCUCUGCAAGUUCAGUGAUGUGGUGGUAAAUUCUGAUGGCUUUAGUGCAGAAAUUAAUAAAGGCAAAUGGAGGUAGGGUUGAUUUUCUUCCUUUUGGCCCCCGUACCCCAAGCUUUCUAGUUUUAUAGACCAGAGUUCUGGCUCCCACCUUGGACCCAUCAGCAGUAAAUGGUCUGUUGUGAAGCUGACAGUGUCUGGGGCUGGGAGGGUAAAAAUGUCUGCAAGGAAGACCCCUGCCCUUGCAGAAGGGUGGGGUGGAGGCUCUAGGGUACCCAAAAUGUCCUUACAGACAACGUAACACUUCAUCUCUCACCAAAGACCCCUAUUUAUCAUGCCUUUGUUCCCGUUUCCCUCAAAUGUAUAUUUCUUUUUUUAAAAAUAUCAGUGGUAAUCAUGAGUAAUAAAUGCUAGCAUUGUUUCAUAAACUUUAGUUUUAGUUGUACACAAUUACAAAGUGCAUGUAUUGUUUCAUUAAACUUUUGUUUCAUUACA